GCAAUCGGUAAUUUGAACAGUUGAUUAUUUGAAUUUGAAUAAUAACGAUCAAAAUUAAAUUUAUUCGGGUCGUGAUUUGAACAAAUACAAAAAAAAGAAAACAAAUAUUAAACAAAAAAGAAAAUUAAUUAACUAAACAAAACUCAACUCAACCAACAACAACAAAAAAAAAAAGUGAAAUGCAAUUAGUGCGUUUGCAUGUAUGUGUGUGAGUUUAAUAUAAAACAAAAUCUACUACAAGAAGUAAAGAAAAAGUACAAAAAAUAAGUGAAGGUGGGCAACACAGUACAGUACUAUAAUAAAUAGCAAACACCGCCAACAGCAGCUACAAGUGUUUUCUUCUUUCGUGUCUCUGUCAUUUUGGUGGUUCUUUUUUUUAUGAGAGAGAUUUUUGUUUUGAACGCGGCGGCAAAAGAGAAAACAAACGAAAAACCAAGCACACACAAAGAUUUUAGAAAGUGAUUACUACAAUAUUUUUUUCUUGUCCAUCGUUGGUUCAUGUGUUUAACUUAACGUUGUUUUAGUAAGGUGCUGCGCUCUGAAAACAACGGCAACGUCGUGGUGUGGACUUUUUUUCAACCUAACCUCAAAAUUUUGGUUCGUUGUUUAUUAUUUUUUUUUUUGUAUGUAAUUUUCUCUCCUCUUUGUUUUGAUUGAAAAAUUAAAAAAAAAAAACGGUUAACGUUUUCGUAUUAAAAUGAAAUGAGCCUAAAUUGGAGUAACACAGAUUCUAUCAAAACUCUCCAAGGUUCAUCUACAGAGAAUCAAUUUACUCCAUCAACAAACAUAAAUACCGGUGAAAGUGAAAGAAUCACCGAAGAGAGAGAAGGUGGCAAAGCCAACAACGUGUUAUGUGGUGAAGCGCCAAUUGUUGUAGCAACCGAUUCGAGUGUAUUUACUAUAAGCACUCUAUUAUCACCUUCACCGUCGCUACUAACAACAAAUGUUGACACACCACCAACUUCGGCAGAAAUGGCAGGAAUUAAAACCGAAAUGCAACCGUUGCAUACGGUGUCAAAUAGCACGGUGAGUGCUGCGGCCGAUUCAAGUGACAAUCAACCGCCAACACCAACUCCCGAUCAACAUCAGCCAACGGCUACUUCGUCAACAUCGUCAUCAUCAACAGCAUCCACACUUCAUCAUCAUCAUCAUCAGCAACAGCAGCAACAACUUCAACAACUCCAUCAUCAUCAGCAACAACAACAGCAGCAAGCUCAUCAUCAUCAUCCGCUUUAUGGAAGUACCGGAGGAGCUGGUAGUUUAACCAAUUCCAAUCAAAUGUAUCAAGAUAUGCAUUCAUAUCAUCCUCCGGGGGCAGGUUAUUUGGGUGGCUAUGAGCAAUUUUAUCAUGCACCACCAGCCGGUGUGGAUUACGGCAGUGCCAUGCAACAAUUGCAACAAAAUCAAGCUUUGUCUUAUCAAAUGCAAAAUCAAAGUUUAGCUGGCACUGCCGCCGGCGGUCAUACAGAUUAUAAAGUUAUGGCUUCAUCUCAAAGAUUCCACCCGUAUUUAAACAAUGGUGGUUUACAUCAUUUAUCGCCAGUUGCUGCGGCUAGUCAUAACUCGCAUUCGGUAAAUACUGGAGCUUUAAGUGCCAAUGGUGGAGGUCCAACGGCAAAUAAUACAAGUAGCUCGGUAUCGAAUAGUUCUCUAAGUCCGAGAGUUGUUAGUUCGUCUAGUCCAUCACAGAAUUCUUCAGCGAAUCAUGGAAUGGCUGAAGUUAAGAGUAUGUCAAAUCGUACUCCGACACCAUCAUCAUCAAAGCAAUGCAAUAAAUGUGGGAUACUAUGUGCCACUGAGGCAGAGCUCAAUGAACAUUAUUCGACUAUUCAUGGGGCUCCAUCGAGUGAGGAUUGUAUAAACUCUGCAGAACGUUCAGCAUCGUCGGCAUCAGAAAGAGGGCAAUAUCAUCCAUUUGCUCCAUAUAUCAAAGAAGAACCUCCUAGUUCGGAUAUCCUUGAUUUAGACUCUCAGAAAAUGGUCUACCCACCACAGCCGGAAGAUGAAGCAGCAGCAGCAGCUGCUGGAGUAGUCAAUUCGGGUUUGCUUCCAAUGCAACGUCCAAUGACAUGGCCACAAGAACUCCAUCCAGCUUAUAUGCCUGGACCACCACAUCUUCCUACAACCGACAACAAACAUGGAGGAGGUUAUUACUCUAAACAAGAAUUCCCCAUAAUCAAGAGUGAAUUUCAUCCCAUCAAAUCCGAAUACGGAUCGCCAACAAACUUUGGAAUUACAUCACUAAAACCAUCAAUAACCAGUGUUGAAUAUGGCCAACCAAUAGCUCCACAAACACGUCCAGAUGACAAGCCAUUCGGAAGUACCGAUUUGGCAACAGGCCAAAAUCCAGUGUCAUCAUCUCCGUCGGAGUUUCCAUCGACUACAACACCACAAGACAAUAUCAGUCAAUAUCGCAAUUUUGAACCACCAUCAUCAUCAUUGCCAAGCAGCGGUGGUUCGGCGAAGAGUGCUACUUGGAAGUCGAAUGAGGCAAGGCGUCCGAAGACAUAUAAUUGUACUGCUUGUAAUAAGUGGUUUACUAGUUCGGGUCAUCUUAAACGACAUUAUAAUACAACUUUGCAUAAAAAUGCAGUGAAAUCAUCGGGUCAACCAGAUCCAGCAACAAUGCCAAUAAGCGCCCAUCAUCAUCCAUCCCGCGAUCCGAAUUCCAAACACCAUCGGAAUAGCCAAGCAAGACAACCGCCUCCUAUACCGCCGGAGCCUCCGAGAAGUCCAGAUUUCUCAUCACAAUACACAACUCAAUCGCCAAAUGGAUUUUCAUCACAAUCUCAACAACAACAACAAUCACAAACAUUCCAACAACAAUACCACCCACAACAAAGCAAUUUAAACGGUCACCCAAACGGGCUAGCAGGUCCCUCCGUCCAAGCCUCCCAACCGAGGGGCCUGCUGACCAUUUCGAGCACAGAAGUAUCCAUCAUGGAUCGGGAGGAGGAACAACUUCACAACAGCAACAACACCAACAGCAGCAACAACAGCCUCCAACUGCAGGAGGAACAAUAUCUUCAUCAGGAAUUGGAGGAGGAGGAUCAAUCCAGUCCCAACAACAGCCCACACAGCAGCAACAACAACAACAGCCUGGAGGAGGACUAUCAUCAGUCAACAACCAUCAGCAGCCUACAUCAGCAGCAGCAGCGGCUGCAGCUGCCGCCGCUUCAAUCACCCCAUAUUAUCUCCCACCACCAAUACCGGGAGGUCCACCACCACCACCACAUGCCCACCCACCACCACCAACAGGAGCCCACCACCAUUUUCAACACUCCCACCACUAUCCACAGUAUAAUGGAUCAGCAGCAGCAGCUGCCGCUGCAGCAGCAGCAGCAGCAAUACAUCAUCAACCCUUUGGCUAUCAACACCACCACCCCCAUCACACUCAACAACACCACCACCACCAUCCCAUCAUACCAACAUCUGCAACAACAGGUGGCGGAGCACCAACAGAAUUAUCCCACUAUUAUUGGUAAUGAUGGACAGGAUCUAAUUCAACUAAACUCAUUCGUUGACAUUGCAUCGUUAGCAAAUGCAACAUCCUUUCAAUCGAAUUCACAACAAAACCAAAUGCAACAGCAAAUGGUAGCUCUAGACGCUAAUGGUCAUAUUGUCCAAUUGAUACAUCAGCCGGGAAUGUUGGAUUUGCAGCGAUUCUCUGGAGGACUUCCAUCGUUUAAAGAAAAUUUGAUGCAAGCUUCGUCUCCAGCUGUUCCAGAGUCAUACUACGGUCGAAUGUCACCUUUCGGCUCACAAAGUUCACCCCAAGAAGCUGAUAUCCCACCAAUGCACACUACAGCUGCGGCACCACAACAAACCGAUCAAACAAAUCCCUAUUCCCCAACUGUGUCCUCAUCGACAACGAAUCAACUCUCUAAUGGAGAUGAACAGCCGCCACCCCAACAACCAACAAUUCGAAAACAAGCUGUAAAACGUAAGCGAGAAACCACCACAAAUGCCACUUCCACAACUCUGCCCACAGGACGUCUCAAGUGUGAAGAAUGCAACAAAGAAUUCACCAAGAUUUGCUACUUGACGCAGCACAACAAGAGCUUCCAUUCCGGAGAGCAGCCAUACAGAUGCCAAAAAUGCGGUAAGCGCUUUCAAUCUGAAGAAAUUUAUGAAUCCCAUUUAGACAGGCACAAAUCCCAAGACAAGCCGCACAAGUGCGAUUUAUGUCCCAAACAAUUUCAUCACAAGACAGAUUUGCGUCGUCAUAUUGAGGCCAUUCAUACUGGUUUCAAAGCGCACACUUGUGAUUUGUGUAAUAAGAGUUUUUGUCGCAAAGAUCAUUUGCGCAAACAUAGUGACAUUCAUUUGCGUCCGAAGCCUGUUAAAAAGCCCAAGGCACCUGUAAGUCGUAAGAAAUCAGCCAAAUCAUUGGCAGCAGCUGAAGCUGCUAAUCAAUUGGUGUCAUUGGAGAGUAGUAAUUCUCCAAAUCAUCAAGUUAUCUCGAGUGUUGAUGAAAAUAAUUCAGAUUCUUCUUCUACAACAAACUCUAACACCACCACUACAUUAUUGCAGCCAAAGUUUGAAAUAGUUAAAAUAGAAUCGUAUUCAAUGGCUGGACAGGAUCUUGUUUAUAUAUAAAUUAUUAUUUUUAUUUAAUUGUAUUUAAAAACAAAUAUAUAUAUUCCGUGAUAGCCAUUUUGUAACGACAAAUAUUUGAAAAACAAAAAAAAAAAAAUAUGUAUAGGAACAUCUCAGGGAAAAUAGAUUAUAGUAUUUUUAAUUUUUAAGUUUACUCAGGAUCAGCCAUUAUAUUCCAUAGCCAUAAACCGUCCUUUAAAUAAUAAAAUUACUCACUAAAAUAAUAGGAUCUUCCAAAAAAAAAAACUCAAGUAAAAUACCAUGAUCUCAGGAAUCACUACCAUUGUUUUUACUAAAAUAAAAAAAAUUAAAUGAAACUUAACGAAGGUUGUAAUAUCCGAUACAAAUAAAAAAAAGCAUGAUUUAUAAAUAAAAACUCCUAAAAACCUUAGAAUAAGAAAAAAAAAAUAAACUAUAGCUUUGUGUAAAUAUUAAUUUUAUUAUUAAUUAAUUUUUUUGUCUUAUAUACCUCACAAAUGAUAUUAUAAAAAAUGUUAAUUUCUAAUUAUUAUUAUUGAUUGAUUCGUUUAUUUAAGUCACAAAAAGACGUAAA